AUGGUGAAGAGGCUGACAGAUAUCUGCGCUAAAGGAGGAUUUAAGCUUUCAAAAUGGAUCAGCAACAGUCGCACAGUGCUCAUGUCAAUCCCAGAGGAAAGAAGAGCAAAGGAAAUUAAGGAUCUGGAUUUGGACACUAAUCAACUUCCAGUUGAGAGAGCACUGGGGUUACAGUGGUGCAUAGAAACAGACAAGUUCCAGUUCAAAACCUUCUUGCAGGACCGUCCAACAACCAGAAGGGGCAUUUUGUCUGUGGUCAGCUCACUGUAUGAUCCUUUGGGAAUCUUGUCUCCCUUCAGUAUGCCAGCUAAACUGUUGCUACAAGAGCUUUGCCGACAAAAUUUGAAGUGGGAUGAAGUUAUUCCCCACUCUCUUUCCCAGCGGUGGCGUGAUUGGCUGGAGGAUCUCCAGCUGAUUUCAAAGUUCAAAGUGGAACGUUGCAUCAAACCAAGUUGCUUUGGAAGACCAGAUAAGGCACAACUUCAUCAUUUUUCUGAUGCAAGUCAAGAUGGGUAUGGAACGGUGUCAUAUUUAAGGUUGGAGAAGAAUAACAUCACGCAUGUUGCUUUUAUCCUGGGAAAGGCAAGAGUUGCUCCUCUCAAGCAAACUACAAUUCCCAGGUUGGAAUUGACGGCUGCAGUUCUUGCAGUUCGAGUGAAUAUGCUUCUGCAAAAAGAGCUGCAGGUAAGGUUGGAAAAAUCAGUUUUUUGGACUGAUAGUACAACAGUACUGAAAUACAUCUCCAAUGAAACCAGAAGAUUUAAUACUUUUGUUGCAAACAGAAUUGCCGUCAUUCGAGAAGCAACAGAUGUGAAUCAGUGGAGAUACGUUUCUUCCAAGGAGAACCCUGCAGAUGAUGCAUCCAGAGGCAUGAGAGCUGGAGAUUUCCUCAAAUGUAGAAGAUGGAUAAAGGGGCCAGAAUUUCUCUAUAGGUCAGAAAAGGAAUGGCCUAAACUGGAUAUGGAGUACCGUGUAAUUUCUGCAGAUGAUCCAGAGGUCAAAAAGGACCUGACAAUGAAUGUCAUUGUGAAGGAAUUACAAAAUCCUACCAGCCAUCUUAUCCACUACUUCUCGUCUUGGGCAAAACUUAAAAUCUCUGUAGCCUGGCUUUUAAAGAUGAAAGAGGCCUUGGCGUUGCUGGCGCAGAAGAGGAAAGAGUUGCUUGCUGCAGGAAAAGGUGGAAACAGACGCUACAGCUCCAAGAGGAUCGUGGAUGAUGGCGAAAGUCUUAAAUGUAAACCAGGAUGCAAAAGGCUUGGUGCGUUCUGUGAGACUACAAACAAGAACCAGUGUUUUGGAAAGGCCAGUGACAAAACUUAUUUUGCUACUGGAAGCCGCAUCGUGAAGAAAAUCCUCAAUGAAGAUUAA